AUGUACUGGGGUGCUGGCUUCGCUUCCUCCCGGCCGUGCGUGGUUGAACUCGGGCAGAACCACAGCCUGCCCCUCGGGCUGUGCGGCUCCGAUGAACACCAGUCUCUAUAUGGCUGUCUCGUCGCCUUCCCUCUGCAGGACUACGGCGGGAUCAUGUCGGCACUGGGCUCGGACUCCUGGUGGAAGAAGACGCUGUACAUCACCGGCGGUGCCCUCCUCGCAGCAGCAGCCUACCUACUGCACGAGUUGCUGGCCAUCAGGAAGGAGCAAGAGUUGGAUUCUAAAGAUGCCAUUAUCCUUCACCAGUUUUCAAGGCCAAAGAAUGGCGUGCCCAGCCUCUCACCGUUCUGCCUGAAGAUAGAGACCUACCUGCGCAUGAUGGAUCUGCCCUACCAGAACUAUUUUGAUGGGAAGCUGUCACCACAGGGCAAGAUGCCCUGGAUCGAGUACAAUCACGAGCAAGUGUCGGGGUCAGAGUUCAUCGUGGACUUUCUGGAAGAGAAGCUGGGUGUCAACCUUAACAGGAACCUUACCCCACAAGAGCAGGCGGUGUCUCGUGCCAUCACCAAAAUGGUAGAGGAACACCUCUACUGGACCAUAGCCUACUGCCAGUGGGUGGACAACCUGGAGGAGACCCAGAAGCUGCUGGCGAUGAGCGGCCCACUGAGUGACACCCUGAAGUGGCUCCUCAGCCACCUGAAUGGCAGCAUGGUGCGCAGGGAGAUGUACGGCCAUGGGAUUGGACGCUUCUCCAAGGAGGAGGUCUACACCCUGAUGGAGAAGGACAUGAGGACACUGGCUACCCUGCUGGGCGAUAAGAAGUAUUUUAUGGGAGCUAAGAUGUCAACAUUAGAUGCCACAGUGUUUGGACAUCUCGCCCAAGCUAUGUGGACCCUGCCUGGCACGCGACCAGAACAGCUCAUCAAAGGUGAGCUGAUCAACCUGGCCAUGUUCUGCGAGCGCAUGCGGAGGAGGUUGUGGCCGGAGUGGUUUGCUGAUGUGGAGGACCUGUACUAUGAUGGAGAAAGUGAGAGCAGUGCUGGUGGCUCCAGUACAGGCCAUCUGGACUUUGGUCUGUUUUCCAGGACUGACACCUUGGAUGACAGUGACGCGAGCAGCAAUUCAGCCGCACAAACACACACACACUCGCCAGACUCGGACCACUCUCUGUUUGACUCAGACGUAGGCACGGGGUCUGAUAAUGAAAUUCCUCUUAAGGAGGAAUCAAUCCCAGACCUGGACAUUUGA